AUGAGCAUUAUUAAAAAGAAGAGAAUUGAAGAAAAUGUUGAGGGUGGAGCAACUUCUUUUUCAACUCCCCCUUCUUCACACUUUGUUCCGAAUUCAAAACAGCGCUACAGAAAAAUCGUCUACGUCCCAGGAAUUCAAAAAUUGAUUGGGACAACAACCUCACAGCCAAACCCGCAACACUCUUUUAGAUGGGACAAUUUUCUUGAAUUAGUGCGUAAACAAGCAAACAAGGAUGUGAGGGAAUUGCCUGGAUCGGUUUUUGGAAACCCCCCAAUGGGGAUUUUUCUGUCGGCGAUUACUCCAGGAAUUAAGGUUUUUUUAGAAUUUAUUUUUUCUUUAUUUUUGGGUAGACUGGGUGUGAAAAGAUUUUCGGAUUUGACUGGGGAAUUUUCGAAUUUUGUUGUUUGGAUGAUUUUUUGAAGACUUUCCCUUUUUGUUGGAA